AGAUUCAUUAACAACAUGAACCCCAGAAACCAAACAGCCUUUUCAGAAUUUGUUCUCUUGGAGGUGACAGAAGAUCCAGAACUGCAGCCCCUCCUCUUCAGCCUCUUCCUGAUGAUGUACCUGGUCACCAUCCUGGGAAACCUGCUCAUCAUCCUGGCUGUCGUCUCUGAUGCACACCUGCACACACCCACGUACUUCUUUCUCUCCAACCUGUCCUUUGUUGACAUUUGUUUAAGUACAACCAUAAUCACAAAGAUGCUGGUGAACAUGCCAAAACAGAGUCAAAGUGUCACUUAUACAGGCUGCCUCACCCAGAUCUGCCUUGUCCUGGUUUUUGGUGGCUUGGAAAAUUGUCUCCUUGCAGCCAUGGCCUAUGACCGCUACAUGGCCAUUUGUCACCCUCUGAGGUACACAGUCGUCGUGAACCUCCGCCUCUGCAGUCUGCUGAUUCUGUUCUCCAUGUUUGUUAGCAUCGGGGAUGCCCUGAUCCACAGCCUGAUGGUGCUGCGGCUGUCCUUCUGCACAGACCUGGAAAUCCCCCUCUUCUUCUGUGAAGUUGUUCAGGUCAUCAAUCUUGCCUGUUCUGAUACCUUCAUCAAUAAUAUUCUGAUAUAUAUUGCAGCUGGCAUAUUUGGUGGUGUUUCUCUUUCUGGAAUUAUUUUCUCUUAUGCUAGAAUUGUCUCUUCUGUUAUGAGAAUGCCAUCAGUAGGAGGAAAAUAUAAAGCUUUUUCCACCUGUGGGUCUCACCUCUCAGUUGUGUCCUUGUUCUAUGGGACAGGUUUUGGGGUGUACAUUAGUUCUGCAUUUACAAAUUCUUCCAGGAAGAGUGCAAUAGCUUCAAUGAUGUACACUGUGGUCACUCCCAUGAUGAACCCCUUUAUCUAUAGCCUGAGGAACAGGGACCUGAAGGGAGCCUUGAGGAAAUUCACUGGUAGGAUACUUUCUUUUUUGUGA